AUGCCACUCGUCAACAUCGCGCUCUUCCUGUCCGCCUUCACCAUCUGCGUACAGGCUCAGAUUCACGCGACAUGUACAAACUCGUCCUUCCUUUGGUCGUACAACUCUAGGGGCGAUUCUCCUUGUCAGAUGGGUGAAACACUUGCUAGGGUAUGCACGCCUUCGUUCAACAUCCCAUCCCUCCCCGACGGCUACUACUACUCCGGCGUUAGUGGUGGAGACAUCAGUCCCUGCGUGUGCAACACCGUCUAUUACACUAUGCUAAGUGUCUGUGGGUUGUGUCAAAAUGGUCUUUCUGACAGAUUUGACAUAUGGUCAACUAAUUGUACGAGAACCUAUGAUACUGUAUACCCCUCGGCGCUUCCCUCGGGUCUUAGACUCCCUCAUUACGCGUUUCUACCCCUCGAUUCUACAAACAAAACCGUCAACGUGAGGGCCCUCCAAGCCGAUAACGGCCCCGAAAGGACCGGUACAGCUACUAGAACACCCACCGCCACUUCCUUCAGAUCCACAGGUACCUCACGUUCAGGCGGCGACGACCCCUUCGGUGACGAUGACCCUUUCGGUUUCGCAGACGAUCUCAGAGACGAAGCCAAAAAAGUCGGAAUCAUCGCUGGGAGCGUUGCUGCAGGCAUCUGGGUGUUUUGGGCCGUCGGUGCUGGGAUCGUUUGGUUUAUCUGUCGAAGGAAUAGUAGGAGGAUGUAUGGAGCCCCAUCGCAGAUGUAUCUUCAAAAUAAUGGUGCGCCGGGGGUCAUACCAUAUACACUAGUCCCACCCUCCAGUCCACCUGCUACUGCAACUGGGUCGUCUCCUGGGUUGGGUGAAAAGGUUUAUAACCCUAACGAUCCAAGUACAUACCCUCAAACUCCACCAUUGGCAACACUAGGGUACCAAAAACAACCGUCUUAUAACUACAACACCCCCCCUUCCUCCGACAGAACCUCCGUUGUAGUUCCUAGUUCUCCCAAUACUACACCGAUUUACCAACCCCAAUCACCUCCCUCGGAGUCGGAUAGAACCUCCACUUUGACACCCCCUAAUAGCGCGGGUCUACCCAACCCACACGCACAAGCACACUAUGCAGUCUCACCGGAUGGUACUACCACGUUGGCUCCGAUGGGUACAAUCCAAAACCCCUAUCCGUACUCGUCGUAUGAUACCCAUAGGCAGGUGUAUGUGAAUGGGGUUCCGCAGGUUUAG